AUGGGCAGGAAGUCUUCGUGUUGUGGAGCUACAGCUCUGGAGGUGACGCUCGCCAUCCUCUUCAUCGCCAUGACGAUUGUCUGUGCGACGCUCAUCGCACUGAUGGUGACCCGGACGACUCACACAGAUCCAGAACCAACGGCUCCUCCUCCUUCUCCUCCUCCUCAGAACACUCCCUACCUGAUCGGAGUGGGCCGAGCUGACUGCACUGGACCUGCAGCCGACAUCCCGCUGAUGGGUUAUGCCAACACUCAGCAGAAGGCUGCAGGGAUUCACACUCGCCUCUACAGCAGGGCCUUCAUCAUCGACGACGGCACCAGAAGAGUCGUGUUUGUUACUGCAGACGUUGGGAUGAUCUCACAGAGACUCAGGCUGGAGGUUCUGCAGGCGCUGCAGGAGAAGUACGGGGAUCAGUACCGGCAGGAUAACGUGGUUCUGAGUGGAACUCACACCCACUGUGGGCCCGGAGGGUACUUCCAGUACACCCUGUUCAUGAUCAGCAGCAGCGGGUACAUCAAGGCCUCGGUCCAGCCGCUGGUCAACGGCAUCGUCAAGAGUAUAGACCGAGCCCACCAGAACAUGAGGCCCGGCCGGAUCUACAGGAACCGAGGAGAACUGGACCACAGCAGCAUCAACAGAAGUCCUCACUCCUACAUGAACAACCCCGAGGACGAGAGACUCAGGUAUAAGGACAACACUGAUAAACAGGUGUUGGUGCUGAAGUUCACAGAUCUGGACGGAGACGGGAUCGGUAUGCUCAGCUGGUUCGCUGUCCACGCCGUCAGCAUGAACUACACCAAUCGCCUGGUGAGCAGCGACAACAUGGGCUACGCCUCCUACCUGCUGGAGCAGGACAAGAACCCUGGAGAGCUGCCUGGACAGGUGAGAGCUUUUACAUGUACAUGUAUGUCUAAUACAACAUGUGAUGAACAGACAGUAAGCAGUGCUUGUUUGUGUCAGACUAAGAUGUGUGCAGCGUUUGGUCCUGGAGACGACAUGUUUGAGAGCACCAGAAUCAUCGGACAGAACAUCUACAUGAAGGCAAAGGAACUCUAUGCGACUGCGGUUGAGGAGGUCACCGGUUCGGUCCAGUCGGCUCAUCAGUGGGUCAACAUGACGGACGUGUCUGUUCCCAUCAACAGCAGUCACACGGUGAGCACCUGUAAACCUGCUCUGGGUCACAGCUUUGCAGCAGGAACCACCGACGGAGGAGGAGACCUGAACUUCACUCAGGGUGCCGUUGAAGGCGACCCGUUCUGGGACGGGAUAGCCGGAGCUCUGCUGGGGCGGCCGUCCAACGAGACCAAGGAGUGUCACCGUCCCAAACCAAUCCUGUUCAACACUGGAGAGAUGAACACUCCGGUGCCGUGGCAUCCUCAGAUCGUCGAUGUUCAGAUCCUCACCGUCGGUUCUGUCGCCGUCGUUGCUGUUCCUGGAGAAAUGACGUAA